UAACAGUAUCUACUAAGAUCAGAUAAGAAAAAAAAAAAGAAUCUGCAUUUAGUUAUUAACAUUUUCCUUUUUUAUUUUAUUUGUACGCUUGUUGUAAAUAUUUUUUUGUUAAAAUACCUAUAAAAUCAAUCAAAACAAUUCCCGGAAUUUAAGCUAAACCAUUAAAAUACUUAAUUUGUGAAAAUUUAGAAUUGAAAGGUAUAUUUUUAUAAAUGGAGAAAAUGGGUUCAUACAAACAAUUCAACGAAUCAAUGAAACUAAUGUCUCAUCAAAAAUUCAUGCAUUUCUUGGACUUGAAUCAUUGGGUUAGUAGGGCCAUAGUUUUGGACUUCUUCUCUGAGUCAGAUCGUAAUGCCUUGCGUGCUUCAUACUCUGAUAUUCAAUUACCCGCUAGAAUGUUUUCACCAGAAGAACGUUUUCCCGUUGGAUAUUAUGCAAGUUUGGGCAACAGUGAGAUUGGUUUAGCAACUACAGCUGCCAUACGUGCAUUGGAUUUACCUUCAGUUAGAACACCUCUGUCAUUUAACUAUGUACCAAUUGAUAUUUGGGCAGCAAAACAAUCUUUUGAUAGUGCCCUCAAUAAAAUAAUAGAAAUUGUCGAUUGUGUUGAUCCAAAGAAACUUAUCGAAAGGGGAGUAUACUCGCAGAGCACUUUUGAGAGUACAUUCGGUCUGACUUGGUGCGACGUUUAAGCUGACCUUAGUCGAGUUUUAUUUCGUUGCAAAGUAAACAUUUAUUUUUAUUCAAAAUUAAGUUAGCAGUGUUUUUGUUUUAUUAUGUUUGUCUUAAG